GCUGAAUUGCGGCUAGUGACCUGUGACCGAACCGGAUUCUCUUGCCGCGCGUCGCCCGUAUCCAAAAGAGGCAGGCUCUCUUAAUAGAAUUCAUGUAUUGGCCGUAGCGCGCGUAGUGCAAAGCACAGCGUCACGGGCGACCGCUUAGCGCAUUGGUCUGGAGUCGCGCCCAUGGAGGUCGAUUCCAUCGCCGACGGCGGCGAGCUGCUGCCGCCGAUCGCCUUCAGAACGGCGGUCAUGGUGCCCAGCCAGACGGAACUGCUGCUGACCACCGUUCCGCUGGCUGUGGCGGCGUUCCCGGCCAAGGCGGGUAACGCGCUAAUGCGCACGCUGGGAAACGUGGAACCGCUGGCGGACCACAAGCACCUGAAGCGGGUCCGUAAGGCGCCUGACGAUGGCAGCCUGCUGGAAGUCAUCUUGUGCGCACUGCCUUCCUCAGCACCCGCUAAAGACGGCAGCAGCGGCGCUGACGGCACUCCUGGCGCAGCCGCUGGAGGCGACGGCGCCGCCGCGGCCGAUGCCGCAGGGGACCAGCCGGCGGAGCUGCCACUGCAGCAGCUGCCGGCCGAGCUGCAGGCGUUGUACAGUCAGCAUGGCGGCGUGCGGCUGCGGCUGAUGCAUGGCGCGGCCGUGCCGCCGCAGACGCGGGCGCAGUGGGAGGUGUGGACCAAGCUAUGGCCCAUCACUUGGCGCAUACCGGAGAACGGCACGCCCGUGACGGAGGAGACGCCGGUGGACGAGCGCACGCAGCGCUACUUCGAGCACCACAUGCGGCGAGCCAUCGAGAUGGCGGCCGCUUCGCGGCUUGACAACGCCGCCAUCAUCGCACAGCCGCCGUCGCUGGUGUCGCUGGCGGAGGCGGUUGACGGCACCAUGCUGCACCCGCUCCGACACGCGGCCAUGGCGGUGGUGGCAGUGGCGGCGGACCGGGACCUGGCGCUGUGGCCGCCCACGACCACCGUGGCCCAGGAGGCAGAGGGCGCAGAGGGAGGCGGUCUGGGCGGUCUGGGGGCUGCUGCGCAGCAGCAAGAGGAGGCGGCAGCAGCGGGCGAAGGAGGCGAGGUCGCAAGCAAGCGGCCGCGGUUGGGAGAUGGCUCUGCACCCACGCAGCAGCCGGUAGCGGUUGGGAUGACCAGUGACGCAAUGGAGCCGGCGGCGGUAUUGACGGCGGUGACCGCGGGUACGCGGCCGUACAUGUGCACGGGGUACGACAUCUUCCUGGUGCGCGAGCCAUGCAUUAUGUGCGCCAUGGGGCUGGUGCACUCGCGCGUGCAACGGGUCAUCUACUGCCAGUCCGACCCGCAGCACGGCGCGCUCGGGGGCCGGCAGCGGUUGCACGCCUGCAAGUCGCUCAACCACAACUAUGAGGUGUUCCGUAUGGAGCGGCUGCCGGCGGCGGCGGCGGGCGGGGCGGCCACGGAGCAGACAAGCUAGGAUCGCAGGGGGCUGAGAGAAAAGCGAACGUUACGCAGGUGCGCGAGCGCGCAGCACGGGUCUAGGGAUUAGGGCAGGCACCGGUGAUCCCUCAGCGCUUAUUCAUACUUGAUUGCGCGAUCUGUGUUUGUCGGCCCAUUAGUGACCCAUGCACACGUUACGAAGAGGUGAGUGCGACGUUGUGAGACCUGCACCGCCACUCCGCCAGCCACGGUUGGGCGGCUUGCGACUGUGGCGGAAUGAUUGUUGCAGCAUGCGUGUCUGGUGGCAUGGCCGCGCUGUGGUGUGCGAAACUCCAAACGUCCGAUGCACGUGGGAUACGGUAGCAGGGUGGUAACACCCCUGGACGGAAGUCGUGUAGGCGUGCAGAUGCCGGGUAUGUGAGUUGGCGAAUGUCUGAGGGUGUGCAUGGCAUAGGACUUCAGUGGCCCUGCAGUAUCAGGCAUUGAGCGCUGUAAAGCAUUCUCGGUCACAGGGUCUAUGCGUUGGAAUCGUAAGCUGCAGCCCAUGUCUGCAGGUGGCAGCAGGCGUUGGACAUUGGCACGUGUUGUGGCACAUGAAAAGGAACUCACGGCACCACAGGGCGUUGGCUGCCGAUUGCCUUAGGUCAACAGUUGAGGCGCAAAGGCGCUACACCAGUACAACCUCACCGGCUCACCCCGGCACGCCUGCCGGCCCACUCUGGCUCACCCAGUCACCCACCCUAUAGCGCAAUCUAGUGCUGUAGUCCCGGCUGUCUCUUCCCGCUGCUGUCCAGCCUUGGCGUUGGCUGUUAUGUGAAUUUGGGUGUGAAUGUAACGGGCCUGAAUGCGUGAGUGGUUCAGGCGUGGCCUGGUUGAGCGUAACUGGCAGCUAUUUUUUACGGCUGCCUUCAUGCAAAGUUCACACGGAG